UAGAUUAUUUAUGGAGACUGUCUUAGAAAAAACUUUAUUUAAAAUUAUUGACCCUCCAAAUCUACGAAUAACAACUCCGAGAUGGUUUACGUUGCCUUCACCUAUGCAAGUCUUCUUUUUUGUAAUGGUUACUUAUUUUUUAGUUACUGGAGGUGUUGUUUAUGAUAUUAUAAAUGAACCUCCAUCUAUUGGAUCAACUGUUGAUGAACGUGGACAUAAUAGACCAGUUGCUAUAAUGCCAUAUCGUAUCAAUGGACAAUAUAUUAUGGAGGGUUUGGGGGCUAGCUUUAUGUUCUGCCUUGGUGGUGAGAAUUUUUACUUAUUUUUUAAAGAACUUUAA